AUGUCAAACGAAGAUUUACUUUUGACUUAUAGUAAUGGCGACGACAGAGAGUGUAGUAAAGGAAUGGGAAUAAAGACUGAGAUUACGUUUAAGUGCGAUAAACAUAUCGGGAAUCCGAAGUUUAUUGAACACAUGGUUUCCGAGUGUAUCUACAGAUUUGAAUGGAAGACUUUAAUGGCGUGUCCAGUAUUGGAUCAAAUCGAUGAACUCAUCUAUAAGGAUGGCUUUCUGGAGGACAAUCGACUCGAUGCCUACAUUAAUGUAUCGGCACUAAUGGGAACAACUUUUAAUGUGAAUGAAUUCAGACAAUUGGAUAAUAAUAAGACAGACAAUUACACUUAUGUCAUAAAUCUGAGUAAACCCGAACUGUCCACUGACUACCAGUGCUCUGAAGCGGGUGUUUGUCAGACAAAAGGCGACUUUAGACGAGAUUUAGGUAGUGUUAAGACACUCAAGUAUUAUCUAAGAGGACAUGAACUUCAAAUGGCAUUGCAGUCCAAAGGAGGCACUCGAGGAAAAUGUGGCAAAAAUGCCAACAAAAAUGUGACCACAAUUUUCCGAUUGCAUUGUUCCUCAUCGGCCGGUGUCGGAGAACCAGAAUUUAUGUACGAAAGCAACGAUUGUGACUAUGUUUUCAAUUGGGAGACAUCGAUGGUUUGCCCAAUAAAUUUCAUCAAACAAGAAGAAUAUAUUGAAUAUAUUACUGAACGUAACAAAUCCCAGGAACGGAUAGAAAAGGAAGAGUUGGAUCAUUUAGAUAAGUCUACUGAAGACAGUCAACAAUCUGGUGGUCACACAAAUCUGGUGAUCGGUUUAAUAAUAGCUAUAUGUUUUGUGGCUAUUGUUUGUGCUCUAUUGCUAUACAAACCAUUCAGGUAUAUUUGA